CGUUGAUACAUGAGGCCCAAUGAAACCACAGAACAUUUGUUUUAUGAUUGUAAAUUUAUGAGGGUCUUCUGGGAAGAUUUUCAUGACUGGCUAUUCCCAAGGAGGUCUUCCAGACACGUCCAACCGGAAGGAGUGAAAAUGGAUGAAUGAAUUUCAUUAGUAUUGGAGAGAAACUUUGAGUUGAGUUUGACGAAGCGGAACUCCAGCUCACCAUCUGUCCUUUAUUCCAGAUUUAUGAAUCAUGAACUACCAAGAUAAUGAGGAUGAUGAGUCAAAGCAUAUGGACACUUCUGGAAGAGUGCUUCGUUGUAAAGUGGUGGUGACUCGAGACAGUGGUCUCCAAGUUUCGGAGCCAUCCAGUAUUUUCUUAGUGGAUCACACGUGGACGUACCGUGUGGAUCAUGCUUGCGAGCAGCUGGAGCAGAUUCCUGGCCUGCUGCCAAGAAUGGCGUCUCUGGUGGGCUUGGACGUCCACGGUGAAGCUCCUGAUCCAGAUACGGUGGAGCUGGUGAUGGACAACAUGUGGACGUACAACCAGACCUACUGGCUCUCCCAAGGUUUGGCAGAGGAGAAGGUUCCGGUCUGGUAUGUCAUGGAUGAGUUUGGGUCCCAGGUGCAGCACUCCGAUCAGCCCAGCUGUGCCAUGGCGCCGUUCUUCGACAUGUCGGGCCAGCUGGCCUACACGCUGCUGUGGCCGCUGCAGGACCUGAAGGAAGGAGACGAGGUUACGCGUGAUUACGCUUACGGAGAGACUGACCCCCUCGUGAGGCGAUGCCGUCUGUUGCCAUGGAUACCUGACGACUUGGACGGAAUAAGCAGCAUCACAGCAGAGCCGCUGGAUUCAUACUGUGAGUCGAUUGCAGAAGAGAACAAGGAAAAGUUUCCUGUGGAAAUCCAAAGCUGUACUGUGCCAGCUGACAAAAUCCUCAAGGUUUACUCAGAAUUGGCACAAGUUAGAAACAACCUCAGCCACCCACGGUUCCAGGUGACUGAGGAAGAGGACGAGGCCGAUAUCAUUUGGAGUUACAGUCACAUUAAAGAUUAUAGGAAGCUGAGCGAAGAGCGGCCUCAUGUCAUGCUGAACCAGUUUCCGUGUGAGAGCCUGAUCACGGCAAAGGACUGUCUCGCUGCUGUGGCUCGGAGAGCGAACAGCGGCUUGCUGCCUGACUGGAUGCCGGAGACCUUUAACCUCCAGACAGAGUUGCCUCAGUUCAUCAAACGCUAUCAUCUAAGACAACAAAGAGGACAGGACAACCACUGGAUCUGUAAGCCCUGGAAUCUGGCCCGUGGACUGGAUACACACAUCACCAACAACCUCAACUACAUCAUCAGGCAGACAGAGUCGACACCAAAGGUGGUGUGUAAGUACUUGGAGGAUCUGGUCCUGUUCCACAAGGAGGACGUUGGAAUGGUGAAGUUCGACAUUCGCUACAUGCUGAUGUUGCGCUCUGUGCAGCCUCUGUGCCUCUACUCCUACAAUGUGUUUUGGUUGCGCUUUGCUAAUAAGUCUUUCUUGUUGGACCGUUUUGAUGACUAUCAGAAACACUUCACUGUCAUGAACUAUGCCGACGGGGUGGAACUCAAACAGGUGCACUAUGAUGAUUUCAUCCCAAUGUUUGAGGAGCAGUACCCCCAUUAUCCAUGGAAGCAGGUGGAGAGGGAUGUGUUUAAAGCAUUCAAGGAGCUUUUCCUGGCAGCUUCAUCUCGACCAGCUCCCUAUGGGAUUUUUGCCUACCCGUCAUCACGAGCCAUCUACGCCGUAGACCUCAUGCUGAAGUGGACUACAAGUGAAAAUGGUGAGCGGAUCAUGCAGCCUCAGAUUCUGGAGGUGAACUUCAGUCCAGACUGCACCCGGGCCUGCCAGUACCACCCCGCCUUCUACAACCACAUGUUUGAGACGCUGUUCCUGGAUCAGCCUGAGCAGUGCCCCGUCACCCCGAUCCUCUGAUCCGCACUCCACUCAUUCCUCCUCUUUAGGGCGCAGUGGGAGGGGCUUCAGGGAUGAGGGAGGGCCAGUUACUGUUCUGUAGAACCUCUGCCGUUUCUGUCAACAUGUUUGAAUGAAUGGUCUCACAAGCUGAAACGUUUCUGUGCAAAUAUGAAGCAAUAAAAA